UUCACCUCCGCUGCAGAAGACAGAAGAAGAAGAAGAAGCUCCGACUCCAUUUUCGUCAUCAGUUCGUCCAAGCUAUCGACAACCCGGGUGACAAUCGCCUGCGACAUCGACACUGAGCUUGAAGAACACACCGAGAUAAGAUACCGACAGCAAACAUGUGGGAUGGACCAGGACCCAGGCAAGGACCACGGGGAGGACCCUCCUUCCGUGGUGAUCAUCGUGGAGAAAUGUUUGGUGGCAGAGAUCGUCCAAUGCCUGAUUUUAGAGGUAGAGAGGGGAUGAAUAUGGGUCAUAUGGGCCCCAGACCUCUGGAUCAACCAUCUAUGGACAUGAGGAGGAUGGAUGCACCACCCAUGAGGAGCCGUGAUAUGGACCCACGUGACAUGCAAGGUAGAGAACCUAAUAGGGAUUUCUUCAGACCUGAAGAAGAACCAGAUUUCAACCAUAGAAGGCAUUUAGAAAUUUCAAUCAGAGAAAAACUGAUGAAUUCUGCUGCUGGUUUACCUGGACCAGGCAGGAACUCGGCAGAGAUGGGAGGAAGAGGUAUGUCACCACGGGAUCCUAACAGCAAAUUUAUGGACAUGAGAGACAGAGAGUCAUUUCAUCACAACAUGCCACAGUUCAAUAAUCCCAAUAUUGAUGGAAGGAGAGGGUUUCCUGUGGACAGAAUGGAGCGAAAUGAUGGAUUUCGGGACAUGCGUGACCGGCCCCCAAUGGGCACUGGCGACGGUGAUCGCUAUGAAAUGGAUUUACCUACCCGUGAAAGGAGAAUGAUGGACACUGACAGAAGAGGAGGGCCACCUUUCAAUCCAAGAGGUGGAUUUGAUUCUGAUACGGAUUUCAGAAAUCGUCCUGGACCAUCAGCAGAAUUUAGAGGUAGAGAUCGAUCACCCUUAAGAUUUGGAAACAAUGAUGUCCCCCCGGUGGACAGGGUGAGGUCAGAUAUUGCUGGCCCUCAAAGAUGUGGGUUUAUGGGUGCAGAAGGCGCACUCAGAGAGAGAGAUUAUCCAGAUUCAAGUGACAGUCCCCUAAUGGAUUAUCGUUGUGGUGAAGAGAUGACUCUUGCAGAAGAAUGGAAGAACCGCCAGAAGGACAAAGCCCCAUUCUUAAACAUGGGUAAAGGUGUGGCUGCUGUAUCAAAACCCAGCUUCCCUGUAGGUUUUGGAAGAGAUGUGAAUGUUAGAGAUUCACCAUCAUUUCAGAAAAGGGAUAGACCAUCAGUUGAAUUCCCAAGGAAAGAUGUUAUGUUUCCUCAUGGUGAACAAUUUCCUGUGAUUGACCUACCACCAAUUGGCAGCAAAGGGCCACAAGACAAUCCACCUCCAGAAAUAAGUCCCUUUACUGGCCCUCUUGGUAGGGAAAAUGAGAGUAAGCAUUGGCUUGGGGAAAGGAACCCAAAGCAUAAUCAGAAUAAAUCACAUUGUGAUGAGAGACUCCCUUACCAUCAAGAGAAGAACCUGCCCAAACAUGAGAAACUUGAGGCAGAUAAUUGUUUUAAAGGCAUGAAAGAAAAUCAAGGUCCUGCCAGGGGUAAGAUGGGACUGGCCCAUGAUUUCCAAAGCAGCAGCAGCAGCAGCUCUGCACAAGCGAGGGAUCAAGACUACAGGGACAUUGAUUACAGAACAGGGUCCGGGAGAGCGUUUGAGUUCAAACGUGAGGAGCUUCAAGCACCAGAGAAACUCAUUAAAGAGUCCAAACCAAUCACACCUACAAAGUUUAGUGAGUCCGGUUCUAAGGAUCAGGAUUACAGGAGUGCAUCAGUGGAAGACAAAGUUUCCAAUACAAUAUCCAUACUUGGUAUUCCAAAGACUGCCACAAUGGAGCAGAUUCUUGGUGCCUUUGCAGUCCGUGAUGGUGUUCCAAUGCAGGGGAUGAAAAUCAACAAUGUUGUGCCAGGUUACAGCUACGAUACGGCCUAUGUGGAGUUUUUAAACCUCGAGGAUGCAGUCCACUUCAUGGAGUCCAACAAGGGGUCCCUGAAGGUUGGCACUAGAACAGCUACCAUGAAAUUCCUCCAGCCAGAUGAGCAAAGAGGAGUCCAUGUGAGCCAAGAAUCAGAUCACAAAGUUCCUCAACUCCAGGAGCCCCAGUUGCCCAGACCAGAUAAAACUUCACAAGAUUUGGAGACAAACCUGAAUGGGACCAAACUCAAAGGUCCUAUGGAACCGCUGCCCAACAUCCUGUUUCAGCGCAACUCUGACUUGACUCCCGAGGCGUGGCAGCAGCAGGUGGACCAACAGCUCCAACAGCAAGAGACAGAGCAGCAGUCCGAGUCGUGGGCCAAUCGCGCCCUCCCCAAGAACAGUUCACAGCGACCUGAAUCAGUCUUCAAAGACAGUAAAACCAUGAUAAUUAAGAAUGUGAAGCCCACCACCACAGUAGAAGCUAUCCUGAAAGCCUUGGAUCCCUUUGCUUAUCUGGAUGAGAGAAAUGUCCGCCUAGUCAAAGCCAAGUCACCUGGAGCAAAGUGCUUCUGCUUUGUCGACAUGGAUUCCCAUGAGCAAGUGACACGUCUGGUUGAGCUUCUCACUAAACCCAGACCCCUUUAUGUUGAUGGAGUCAGAGUUUAUGCUGAGGUUGCAAAACCCCUGAAGAACCAAAAUAUUAGAAGAGAUUUUGAUAAACCAAACACUUCUAUCCUUGGGUAUGCGCCUGAGGCUGGCAUGAUGGCGCAGCUGCAGUUCACGCAACCUCCACCGUUCUUGCAACCUCUGCAGCCGCCUGCUGCUGCUCACCCCGCUGGAAUGCAGGGUGAUUUGUUGAAUGGCACUAGUCUGUCGACAGAUCCCAGCAUAAGUCAGGGAGUUGGCUACUGUGAGACCCAAUCUGUGGAUCCUUCAUUACACGCUGUUGGACUGCUUGUGCCCCCAGAAUCAGCUGGUAUGAGUUCUAUCGACGAUGGAUCACAGGCCUAUAUCUGUGGCUCUGAGGUUCCAGACGUGUCCAAUUACUUGUACGAUGCCACGUCAGGCUUCUUCUACGACCCCGAGACAACGCUGUAUUAUGAUCCCAACUCCAGGUAUUUCUACAAUGCUCAGACGCAGGAGUACAUGUACUGGGAUGCAGCUUCAAAGACCUACGUCCCAGUUCCAGGAGGCCACACAGCUGAGACCCAACCUGUGGCCAUGACUGCUGAAGACCAGGCUAUUCUCUCCAACCCAGCAGCAGACGCUCCUCUGGAAAUGAAGAAGCCAUCAGAGACUCCCCUCACUGAGGAAGCCCCGGCAGCCGCUCAUCUGUCCGCUCCGGAGUCUGUCCUCGCUUCUGCAGCAACUACUCCCGAGAAGAAAGAAGACGACGACGCUGCUAAAAAGGACAAAGAGAAGGAUAACAAAGACGAGAAGCCGAAGAGCCUCGCCGCUGUCAAGAUCAUGAAAGAUAUGGAGCGCUGGGCAAAGAUCCAGAAUCGUCAAAAGGACAGUGUGCGUGCCCCGUCGCCAUUGUUGAGGACUGGACUGGACGAUGAUAGGAGGCAGUCUAAGUCGGCUGAUGCUGGUUUCGCUGUCUUUGAGAGAAAGAUCUCUGGUGGAGAUGAUCUUUUUAAAAAGCCCCUCGCUCCCCCUAAGAAAGAUGAAAAGUCAAAGCGUCCAAUGGGCUCCCUGGGUUUGCUGGCAUCAGACUAUGGAGCUGGAAGUGAUGAAGAAGUAGAAGAGGAUAAGGACGAUUUCGCUAAAGGCAGUCAAGGCAUCCAGUCUGACGACAAGGACGACAAACUGACGGACUGGAAGAAGAUGGCCUGCCUGCUGUGCAGGAGACAGUUCCCCAACAAGGAUGCUCUGCUCCGCCAUCAGCAGCUUUCUGACCUGCACAAACAAAACAUGGAGAUCCACCUGAAGAUCAAGAGGUCAAAGAAGGAAUUGGAGGCACUAGAAAACCAGGAGAAAGAAUUGAAUGCCAGAGACGUACCCAGAUCACCGGAGCAGAAGAGAAGAAAACACCACCAACAGCCGCAGCAUCAUAACACCUGGGCUGGAAGCUCCAGGGAGACGAAUAAAGUCAGCGAGAGGCCUGGUUUAGGGGCCGAGCCUGUCCCGCAGAGGAAAAAGAAAGAGCCGGUUGUUUGGGACCAUGCCACCUACAAACAAGCAGUACGCAAGGCCAUGUUUGCGCGGUUCAAGGAACUCGAGUGACUUCACCAGUAGAACUCCUCACUUUGAUGUGUGAAAUGUUGAUGACGUGCUUCUCCCGCCUCAGCAUGUGAAAACCCCCCUCGACUGUCAACUGUUUACCUGCUGGAAGAGCCACAGUUUCCUACACUGAGACCAAGUGACGACUGAUGUGACCGACCACAUCACACGGGUGCAGUGACUAUGACACGAAAGACCAGAACUAUUUGACAUCAUCGGCGAUGGUUGGAUGUUGUACAGAAAUUGUUGAUCCCUGUUGUUAAUUUGAGUAUUAUUCCCAUUUGUCAUCCGUGGCCUGUUUGUGAAAUGUGUCCUGAAUCUAGUUUUUUUUUUUUUAACAAAGCCGUCACACUGGCCACAGUCACAUUUUGUUUUAAAAACUGAGCGAUUUUUACAUUUUCAUUUCCGUGGGUCGUAGUUGCUCUUAUAUGUGCAUAUUUUUAAGUAUAUAAAAAAAAUAUGGAUCACCUUUA